AGUUUAUUUAUUUAUUUAUUUUUCUCCUGUGCAGCCGACUAGCCGGUAGCGGCGGUAGCCAAAGUCCAAACCCCUCAAACGAAACACGACGCAGGAACCGAAGGUCCUAAACCCUCGUUCCGCCUCCCACUCAUUUUCUUCACACUGCAGCUCCGGUGCGGCGUUUCAUCUCCGGCGAGGAGGAACCAUUUUUCAGUUAGAUGGCUUGUAGCCGCAACAUCUCCACCAAAGUGACCUCUCUUAGGAAAAGGUUCCACCCGUCUUUUAGCUGCAUUCUUCAUGAUGAUGAUGGAAAAAGCCAGCCUUCUGUUGAAAAUUCAUCGCGACCAGCCAUUAGACAUUUCUGGCGAAGUGGUACAACUGCUGGUUUUGGUGCUCUGCAUCAAGAGAGAAGAUGUUCUCCGUUCUAUCUCCCACGAGGUCUAGGAUCUUCGUUUUGUAGGCAUAUGUCGAGUGCAAUUGCCGAAAGUUCGGAUAAGAUCGAGUAUGUGAGUGAUGUUGCAGACGUUCUUACGGAUAAGGGUGUGGAAUUAGCAGUCACCCAGGCUCCUAUUGUGAAUGAAGUGGCUAUUGCAGCUGCUGAUUCUUUCUAUCCUGUUGCAGCCUUGCAGUACUUUAUUGAUGGUAUUCAUUCUUUCACUGGAUUGAAUUGGUGGGCAUCUAUAGCUCUAACGACUGUCUUGAUUCGAGGGGCUACAGUUCCACUCCUGAUAAAUCAACUCAAAGCUACUUAUAAGCUUACUCUGAUGAGGCCGCAUCUGGAGGAGAUCAAACAACAGAUGCAAGAUACGGGAAUGGAACCUAACGCUGUGGCUGAGGGUCAGAAACGGAUGCAGGCACUAUUCAAGGAGUAUGGAGUUCACCCGUUCACUCCAUUGAAGGGACUUUUUAUCCAGGGUCCGAUUUUUGUCAGCUUUUUCUGGGCUAUUUCGAAUAUGGUGGAGAAAGUUCCAUCUUUCAAAGGAGGUGGAGCAUUCUGGUUCACUGAUCUUACAACUCCCGAUAGUUUGUACAUCCUUCCAGUACUGACAUCAUUAACCUUCCUGAUAAACGUGGAGUGCAAUAUGCAAGAGGGUUUAGAAGGAAAUCCUGUUGCCGGCACCAUGAAAAACUUUUCCAGGGUCCUUGCUGUUCUUACAGUACCAUUUACCAUGAGCUUCCCUAAGGUAUGUUUAUCUUGCCUCUGUUGAUCUUGCGAAGGGUAGAUAAUUUUGUUGUAGGCUUAUUAUUCAGUACAUGUUUUGUUAGACAAAACCAGUAGAUUGUGGAUCGGCAAUGGCAACCCAAGAGGGUGGUGAAUUGGGUGUUUGAUAACCUUUCUAACCGUUUCAACUUUCUCAAGGAAGGUAGAGGGGAAUUGGAAACUAAAAUCACACACACAAAGGGAGACAAAAAUUUAUAGUGCUUUGAUCCUCUUGCCCUACAUCCACGCCCAUUAGCUUCUCACUCUUGGCUUUCCACUGUCAAAGAUUGGUCUUCCCAAGGGUGCCAAUCAAACCCUUACAAGUUGUUUCCAGGGGUUCACAACGAACCUGGUAGUUCUCCUUGGCUGACCACCAACCCCAAUCUACUACUUGGUGGAUAAAUCCCUCUACACAACUUCUCACAAGUUGUUAUAUUGAAUUAAAACUCAAUUUCACAAAGCCUCUGAAUUAGGCAAAUAAUCAAAUCAAGCACAACACUAACCUCUGAUAGGCUUGUUUUAAAAAUCAUUGCUCACUUGUUUCCCACUAAGAAUUUGGCCUUUUGAUACAAAUAGUAAAUGCAAAAUAAUGACAUGUUGUUGGUAGGUGGUAAAUGCAAAGUAAUGACAUAUGUUGUUGGUAGGUGGCAUUUAAGUGCCCAAUUUAUACACAUCUCUAACAGCUAGAGAACUCAUGGUCAACCUCCAGCACUUCACCGUCAACAUCAGCAAGGGCCGUUGCUCCAACGGAUUUUUAUUUUUGCCACCAAACAGAGGGUGGUUGACCUUGCUUUCAUUGUGGUCAUGUGAUCAACCCACUAAUUUUGUGGUUGACUCCGAAUCCGAAUCCGAAUCCCUAGCCAUUGGAGGUCGAUCUACUGUAGCCGACCUUUCCUAUGUGGCGUUUGACCUUGGGUGCUUCUUCUUUUCCUAAAUUCCUCGAUUUAAUCCAGUUUUUGGCAUUUCUUCAGGCUGGUGAUUUGGUCUUUCUUCCUUAUCAUAUCCCAAGAUAUUCUGGGCCACUUUUGUCUAAUCCAAAAUAUAUUUUUUACUAUUCUAUAGUUUAGGGGCAAGUCAAGUACACUUUGGGAGGGCUUCUACCCAUUUAGUCCAACUUGGACUAUUUUGACCAUUUAAUUCUUUAAGCCCAAUUUGAUAGUGAGAAUCUUACAAUGUAGGAUUGCAAGAGUUUACAUCAUGUAAAUUUAAUUUUUAGAUUAGAAACCUAAGCUCCUCUUCAACUCGUCAAUUCCAGAGAUGUUUGGUGAAGAGCUCGAUACUUGACAAGUGUCCUCGUCACUUGAGGUUUUUGAUAAUCUCCGCAAUUGUUGAAUCUCAAUUCCAUUGUGUUUGGAGAUGUUUCAUUGAUGCUUCUUGCUUCGUGACCCAUUUGGCUUUCAUGGGCAUAGUUGUCACGGCGUCAAAUCAAUCCAAGGCGGUGGAGGGGUGGCUAAUCGAUUUGGCGAUGAAUCGCCCGUUAUGGCGUUGCCAUGGCGGUCAAAUCGCCCAUAUGU